AGGUGAUUAACACUGUGUGUGUGUUCUGCAUCUGUUGAGUUCUUUAGAGUUUUUACUGCUGAGGGUGAUUAACACUGUGUGUGUGUUCUGCAUCUGUUGAGUUCUUUAGAGUUUUUACUGCUGAGGGUGAUUAACACUGUGUGUGUGUUCUGCAUCUGUUGAGUUCUUUAGAGUUUUUACUGCUGAGGGUGAUUAACACUGUGUGUGUGUUCUGCAUCUGUUGAGUUCUUUAGAGUUUUUACUGCUGAGGGUGAUUAACACUGUGUGUGUGUUCUGCAUCUGUUGAGUUCUUUAGAGUUUUUACUGCUGAGGGUGAUUAACACUGUGUGUGUGUUCUGCAGCAAGCACGUAAGCCCUAUGAUGUGCGAGACGUGAUCGAGCAGUAUUCCCAAGGACACCUGAAUCUCAUGGUGCGCAUCAAGGAGCUACAGAGGAGACUGGACCAGUCUCUAGGGAAGCUGACCCUGUUCCAGACUAGCUCAGACAAAGCCAAAGACAAAGGCACCAACACCAUCGGCUCCAGACUCAACAGGAUGGAGGACAAGAUACAACGCAUGGACCAGACACUCAACCAAAUUGCAGAGUCCCUUACCCAGCUGUUGUCUGGGACAAGCCAGGGGCAGGGGACAUGGGGGGAGCACAGGGGCAAGGUAGGAGGAGGUCACAGGGUGGGGCAGGUGUCCCCAGCCAGGAUAGCCUACCCAGCUACGAGCAGCUCUCCACCGCGACCCUCCAUCCACCCCUCAACCCCAGCCUCAGCCAAGACAAGAGCUCCUGAAUCGACCCUUCAUCCACCCCUCAACCCCAUCCUCAGCCAGGACAAGAGCUCCUGAAUCAACCAUCCAUCCACCCCUCAACCUCAGCCUCAGCCAAGACAAGAGCUCCUGAAUCCACCAUCCAUCCACCCCUCAACCCCAGCCUCAGCCAGGCAAGAGCUCCUGAAUCAACCAUCCAUCCACCCCUCAACCCCAGCCUCAGUCAGGAAAAGAGCUCCUGAAUCGACCAUCCAUCCACCCCUCAAACCCCAGCCUCGGCCAGGACAAGAGCUCCUGAAUCGACCCUCCAUCCACCCCUCAACCCCAGCCUCAGCCAGGACAAGAGCUCCUGAAUCAACCAUCCAUCCACCCCUCAACCCCGGUCUUAGCCAGGAGAAGAGCUCCUGAAUCGACCAUCCAUCCACCUUCAACACCAGCCUCGGCCAGGACAAGAGCUCCUGAAUCGAACAUCCAUCCACCCUCAACCCCAGCCUCAGCCAGGAGAAGAGCUCCGGAAUCGACCAUCCAUCCACCCUCAACCCCAGCCUCAGCCAGGACAAGAGCUCCUGAAUCGAACAUCCAUCCACCCUCAACCCCAGCCUCAGCCAGGACAAGAGCUCCUGAAUCGAACAUCCAUCCACCCUCAACCCCAGCCUCAGCCAGGACAAGAGCUCCUGAAUCGACCAUCCAUCCACCCUCAACCCCAGCCAGGACAAGAGCUCCUGAAUCGACCCUCCAUCCACCCUCAACCCAAGCCUCAGUCAAGACAAGAGCUCCUGAAUCGACCAUCCAUCCACCCCUCAACCACAGCCUUAGCCAGAACAAGAGCUCUUGAAUCGACCAUCCAUCCACCCCUGAACCCCAUCCAGGACAAAGAGCUCCUGAAUCGAACCUCCAUCCACCCCUCAACCCCAGCCUCUGCCAGGACCAGAGCUCCUGAAUCGACCAUCCAUCCACCCUCAACCCCAGCCUCAGCCAGGAUAAGAGCUCCUGAAUCGACCCUCCAUCCACCCCUCAACUCCAGCCUCAGCCAGGAAAAGAGCUCCUGAAUCGACCCUCCAUCCACCCCUCAACCCCAGCCUCAGCCAGGACAAGAGCUCCUGAAUCGACCAUCCUGAUGCAGAGAAACACCAAAACCAUUUUUGACGCUUUCUCUCUUUGUCUUAUUCUGAGAUCAGUGUUCUUCAUGAUAAUGAACCAGCUGUGUAGUGCUAGGGCAAAAAACUAAAUGCGCACUCAGUGGGGGCCCCAGGACCAAGUUUGGGAAACCCUGCCCUAGAGAAGAACCGUAUAGACAGGAGAUUUAGCAACUCUUGGAGGACAAUCGAAUUAAAUAAAAUAAAUAAAAUAUAUUGUUAAAAGUAGAACCAACACGUUUCAGCUUUUGGCCUUUAAACAAAGAUUAUUUAAUUGAAUUCCAAUGUCCUCCCAAGAGUUGCUAUAUCUCCUCUCUACUUCAGUUUGCUCCUCAAUUCAUGCACCUUGGUUGGAGAGCGAGGUAGCUGCAGGGCUCCCUUCCCUAGAACAGAACAGUGCCUCAGCCUACAGGACAAGCCAGCUAGACACACAGACGGGACAUAUUUUUCAUAGAUCCUGGAUAUGAUUAUGUUUCUGAAUUCUCAUUUACUGCAAUUGUCAAUGUUCCAGGGGGGAACUUUUCUUGGAAAUGUGAGCAAGCGCCAUAUUCAAACGCUUUCCCCUCAAUCAAAAGGAAAUUAGAUUAAAGUGCAUAUAUAACAUUAUUCCGGCUGUGUAAGAGCAUUGGAAUGUUACAAUAUCAAAAAGUAAUGGUAGUAUUCUAUUUGAUUUGAAAUAUGUUGAUAUGCAAAGCCAACACUUCAGUAUAAAGGUAGCUAUGUUUUUUGAUGGUGAAUAUGGAACGAUGUCCAUACUAAAAGUAGGCAGUUAUAAUAACACUAUGUUUUCAAAAGGUUCUCCAUGUAUGUACCGUCAAAACAUAAACUAAAGUGUUGGGCUCGGGGUGUAGAUUUUCAAUGCAAUCAAAUUGUGUAGCUAUCCUGUUUUAUAAAGAUUUUGCAUUGCCAAUAAAUGAAUGUGGCAAAUAUC